UAGACAGAACGCCAUCUUUUUUUCCCCACAAACAUUUUUUCUUGUCCUGUUUUUGGGUGUGUUUGCUGCGCAUAAAACCGAAGGAAACCCAAAUAAAAGGCCCCAAAAGAGGAGGAAAAUCCACCGAGACAGCUGAGACAGCUAGCUAGGCUGCAUAGAUACACACACUUAACCCGACAUAAUGCCACGCUACCGGGAAUGGGACUUGGCCUGCAAGGUGUACGUGGGCAACCUGGGCUCCUCGGCCUCCAAGUACGAGAUUGAGAACGCCUUCAGCAAAUACGGACCCUUGCGCAACGUCUGGGUGGCCCGCAAUCCGCCCGGCUUCGCCUUCGUCGAGUUCGAGGAUCGCCGCGAUGCGGAGGACGCGACCCGCGGCCUCGACGGCACCCGCUGCUGCGGCACCCGCAUCCGCGUCGAGAUGUCCUCCGGCCGUUCGCGCGAGGGGCGUGGCGGGGGCGGCGGCGGCGGUGGUGGUGGCGGCUCCGGGGGCGGUGGCCGCGGCGGAGGCAGCGGAGCCCGCGCUGGAGGCGGCACAAGAGCUGGCGACGGCGGCGGUCGCUAUAGGAUAAAGUCUUCUUCUUCUACUACAACAAGCACAACAAGAACUACUACUACAACAACAACAUCAAUAAUAAUAAUAAUAAUUAAAAGAACAACAAAAAAAAAGAAAAAGAAAAGAAAAACAACAGCUACUACUACUAGAACUUCUACUACUCCUCUUCCUUCAACAACAACAACAACAACAAAAAGAACAACAACAGCUACUACAAGAACAACAACAACUAGUACAACAGCAGAUCCUGCUCCUCCUAUUACACACAUUUCACCACCAACAACAACAGCCACCACCACCACACCACCAUGCAAUAAUAACAAUUUGUUGUGCGGCCCUAGUCAGAGUCAGAAAUUCAACAAAUUCGAUAUAUUCCGCUGACCACAGAACCGAGAACCGAACGACCGCAACACUACACCAACCACCCCUCCACCACCUCGUUCAGCUCGACCCAGGCCGAAAGAACAGACUAAGAGAAUCAUCAGCAACGUCUCCGGCUCCGCAGCUAUAAGAAUAAUGCACCCAAAAGCAGUCAAAGAACACCCACAGCCACCUAACUACAUUUCACUGCAGGGCAAACGAUCAUUGUUUCCAUUGCACUUGUUAAAUAGCUUAAUAACAAAGGAAUCCUUCGCUUUUGCUCCCUAAAUAAUAUGAAAUUCCAUUCCUAUACCAAAUUCCGCAUUCUCUAAAACGGUUUGUGGUUGUUGUUGUUCUUCCUUUUUGUAAAAUCAAAUGAAAAGUGAUCGUUUGCCCCAUUAGUGCAAAGAAUUUCACAUCAUUUCUGGUCCGUUAGUUUGACGACACCAUCUUCAGGCUACACACACACACACACAACACACUCUGCCAUUAACAACCACACUAAUCACCAAGAACCACAGCGAACCGGGCAGCGGCGGCAACAGAGCAACUCCAUCAAGAAUCUAACUCCAAUAUGCAGCCUAUGCAUACAUAUAUAUAUCUAUAUAAACACACUCACCAGUCCAGCAACGCUUCAAUAAGUCAACUUCCUACGCCUCCGAGUUGUGCGGUUGUCUUCAGCCUGCUUCCUUCGUCCCCAACAAACCAACCACCAACCAACCAACCAACCACCCACCACCUCAUCAUCCGUCAUCUUUAGUGCAGCUACAGCAGCAUCAGCAACAAGCUACAGCUACAAAGACCAACUGCAACAACAACAGCUUCUACUACUACUACUUCUACUACAACAACAUCCAGGCAGCCAGUCAGCAAAAGUAUCUCUUUCGCAGAUCUUUCGCUGGCUCCACCACUCAGUAGUUGCACCUUUCCCUUGCAAUCAAACAAGAUUGAGGCUGCUUCACGCUAAUUCCUUCAAUCGCAGCAAGUAUGAAACCUUUGGCAGCCACCAACAACACUCUCCCCUUCGAAUCGAUCCGAAACGAAAAACGUAACGUGUCUAACGAAAUCCGUUUGUUAUAUUUCUAUUUAUGGUUUCUGCUAAUGUUUUUUAUCUUUCGUUCUUGUAUCCCAAUAACCAUCUACUGAGAUAAUGUUGUUCGCGCUAACUGUGUUCUCUACUGCUCCCUGUGUAUAAAUAUUGUGUUAAUGUGCCUAUGCAUUGAUCCGAUCAACUCGAACUCAAAGUCAGACCACCAGACCGAUCAGUUCACCAACCAAAAAAUAAACGACCCCACCACAACAGUCGACCAAGCACCAGGCAGCAUCAGCAGGGCAGGGUCUACUUCUUCUUCAAGCCUCUCGCCUCUCCACAUCGCGGAUGGUAGGAGCAGCAGCACCGCCACCACAACCACCACCACCACCACCAAAAAAAAACCACAACCACCACCUGAUCCUCCUUUGCUGCUAACUGAUGCUUCCCCACCAACUGCUUCUUCAUACGACCUACGUUCUUCGGCUGCUGCAACAGAAUAGAAUGAUUCACCAAUCUAUAUAUUUAUCCACCAACAACACACACAAAAAAAAUUAUUAAGAAACACAACACAGCCACCCUAGUCACAGUCAAUCAGCUCAGAAUCGUAUCGUAUC